GCGGGGUGAAUGACAGCUCCGCAGCAGAACAGUGUACAUCAAGAUGGCAGGUCUAUCUUUGUAUUUUGAAGAUGGUCAUGAUGAGCUAGAUGACUUUGGAUUUGACGACUAUGGUUCUGAGUGUGAUGGUAUUAGAAUCACAGCAUUCCUGGAUGCAGGGCAGGAUAACCUGACUCCUCUGGGCCGGCUAGAAAAAUAUGCCUUCAGUGAGAAUGUCUUCAACAGACAAAUUGUUGCACGUGGGUUAUUAGAUGUGCUACGAGAAUUCAGUGAUGAUGAGAAUGACUUCAUCAGCGUGAUGGAGACAGUUGGCAGAAUGUCCGAGGAUGCAGAGCCCACAGUGCGAGCUGAGCUAAUGGAACAGGUACCAAACAUUGCCAUGUUCCUGCACGAGAAUCGGCCUAAUUUCCCAGCAGCUUUCUCACGAUACUUGAUGCCCAUUGUGGUCCGUUAUCUCACUGACCCCAAUAAUCAGGUGCGUAAGACAAGCCAGGCAGCUCUGUUGGUGCUUCUUGAGCAGGGCCUCAUAUGCAAAACUGACAUGGAAGGCAAAGUCUGCCCUGCGCUUCUGGAGCUCACUGAACCGAACAGCGAUGAUGACUUUAAGAUUGAGGCUGUUGCGAUCAUGUGCAAGCUGGUAACUAUGUUGACUAAAGACACAGUGGAGCAGCUGCUGUUACUGCGCUUCUGUGAGCUCUGCAGUGAUACCAGGCUCUUUCAGGUCCGCAAGGUUUGUGCAGCAAAUUUUGGCGAGUUCUGUUCCAUUGUUGGCCAGGAAGCCACAGAGAAACUACUGAUGCCAAAGUUUUUUGACCUGUGUUCAGACAGCCUGUGGGGGAUUCGUAAGGCCUGUGCCGAGUGCUUUAUGAUCAUUUCUAACUGUACGUCUCCAGAAGUGCGCCGCACUAAACUGUCGCCCCUGUUCAUCAACCUCAUCAGCGAUCAGUCCCGCUGGGUACGCCAGGCUGCUUUUCAGUCUCUUGGGCGUUUCAUCUCUACGUUUGCUAAUCCAUCCAGCACAGGAUUCCACUUCCAUGAGGACGGCACACUGCAUGAAAUCCUAAAACCGCCUUCAGAGAGCAAUGAACAACAGAGUUGUUCCAACAAUGCUUCAACCUGCAGCACCCCUGACUCCACUGCCUCUUCACAUCAUUCAUCCCAGCCAGGCUCCAACACAGCCACCUCACCUCCAUCUCCAGCACCAGAGAAUGACCACAGUUCCAAGCCUGAGAGCUCGAAACCCACACAGAACCAGCAGAUAGACACUAUCUAUAACUCUUUUAAUUACUGGAGACCACUACUGCCUGAUAUCAGCCAGGACUUGGAACUACUACACGUAACAGAGAAAGAGGAGGAGCAAGAACAGGAAGUGGUAAAGGAGGAAGACAUUGUUCCAGAACUAUGCUCUAGGGGUCCAGCAACAAGCUCUCAGAUUCAGAAAGUUCUAGAAAGCCUCCAGCCUCACCUGGAUGACCCUGAUGUACAAGCCCAAGUGCAGGUUUUGUCGGCAGCACUCAAGGCUGCUGAGUUGGAGAGCCAUGCGGAUGAUGUGGAUCAAGAUGUUCCACCAUCAGAAAGUGAAACUUCUGAAAAUCCAACAUCCACUAAUAAGGAAGCAGAGACUGAUGCACACCUCGUAAACUCUACCUCACCAGCACACGAGGCUGCACCUGAAACACCCUUUGUGAAUUCUGGUCUGAUUGAGAAUAUUGAAGAAAUGAAGGACAUGGACAUGAACUUGUCUUGUGAUGAGGAAGAGAAAACUAAAGUCCAGAAUGUGAUUCCUCAGCAGUUAUUGGAUCAGUACUUGUCUAUGACUGAUCCAGCCCGAGCUCAGACAGUGGAUACUGAAAUAGCGAAGCAUUGUGCGUUUAGUUUACCAGGUGUUGCCCUGACUCUAGGCAGACAGAACUGGCAUUGCCUCAAGGACACCUACGAAACCCUCGCCACUGAUGUGCAGUGGAAAGUGCGACGAACGCUGGCGUUCUCUAUCCAUGAGCUGGCAGUGAUUCUGGGGGAUCAGUUGACAGCAGCUGAUUUGGUGCCCAUCUUUAAUGGCUUCCUUAAAGACCUGGAUGAAGUGCGAAUCGGAGUUCUUAAGCACCUGUAUGAUUUCCUCAAGCUUCUCCAUGCAGAAAAGCGCAGGGAGUAUCUGUAUCAGCUGCAGGAGUUCAUGGUGACGGACAACAGUAGAAACUGGAGGUUCCGCUAUGAGUUAGCUGAGCAGCUGAUCCUGAUCAUUGAACUGUACAGCCACAGCGACGUGUACGACUACCUCAGACAGAUAGCGCUCAACCUGUGUUCAGAUAAAGUCUCAGAAGUCCGGUGGAUUUCCUACAAAUUAGUGGUGGAGAUCCUGCAGAAACUCUACUCCUCAGGGGCUCAUGACCUCAGUCUGAACUUCAUUAAUGAGCUUGUAGUGAGAUUUUGCCACUGUCCGAAAUGGGUCGGACGACAGGCGUUUGCCUUCAUCUGUCAGGCCAUCGUGGAAGGGGAUUGUAUGCCAAUGGAUCAGUUUGCUCAGCACCUACUUCCCUGUCUGCUCAGCCUCUCCUCAGACCCUGUUCCUAAUGUGCGCGUGCGGGUUGCCAAGGCAUUACGUCAAAGUGUGCUGGAAAAACCUUACUUCAAGGAGCCAGGCAGUGCGUACUCUGACGAGCUGGAGGAGGCCCUGUGUGAGCUGAGAAUGGAUAAAGACAGAGAUGUGCGUUUUUUCGCCACAGUGGAGCCCAACCAGAAUGUCAUGGACACCGCAGGACUGAUCGAGAGCCCAUUACUGUCGGAGUACACCAGAUAAACACCAGCAUGGACCACCUUAACCCACAGACCAACACACACAAAUGUUUACUGUUGGGCACCAGUGAUUUAAACUGACACACAGUCUAUCCCUCUCUCUUUUUUAUUUUUAUUAUUAUUAUUUUUUUCCCUUUUUUUUUUUUCUACUUUUACCUUUUACCUCUCUCUGUUGUUCUCUCCGGCGCACACUGAAAGGCAGAUUUGAUAGAUAUACAUCCACUCACUUUUUUUUGAGUGUUUGUGUAUUUUUUUCAGGACCGUAAUUAUUAAAUGGGAAGCAAGACAUUAAUUUGCUUUGAUUUAAAGGAGUUAACAAAAUAUUGCAUUUAACCUUUUUAGGGAUUAAAGGAAUUACACAUUCCUAAACUGGUGAUGCGCUUUGUUAACUCCUUUAAUUUAAAACUAAAGUCUAACUUCUAUCAUGCCUUGAUUGCUUAAUUUUAAAUUAUCUAAGUAUAUAUAUGUAUAAAUAUCUGAGCCUAGUUGGACCCAUUAAGGUUUUUGUAUACUAAAUUUUUGUACACAAGUGUUUCUACAUUCUCUCCUCAACUGAACAACCUGGUGCGAAGCUUCAUGCUGCCUCUCCAAAGCUCUAACUCUCUGUAUGUUUGGGGUGAUUCCUCUUCUUCUUCUUCUUCUUCCUCUUCCUCUUCUUCUAGCUUCUGAAUGAAUUUCUUAUUUAAGAACAGGGCUUCGGCUGACCAUAAGCUGAUGAUUCUUCAGAGAGCGUACACAGAGUGAAUACUACCUAGCUCAGGGGAGACUGGAUUUGAUUGGCAGUUUUAAUGUGAAACGCCAGACAAACGGCAUCACUGUGAGCCUGGGUGAUGCUCCUGUAGUGAUUUUCACACAUCUAUCGACCUCCUCUUUACUUGUUCCACAAAGUUUUGCACAUGUAGCUGUUUUUUUUUAACACUACAACUCAGGAUCUAAAACACCACUGUCUCUUUCUCUCUUGCUUGUUUUAUGUGGCUUACAUCUUACACUGACAUGCCAUGACAUAUGUCAUGGGACAGGGACAGGAUCUAGUAUUGUGUUCCAUGGCUUUGCCACGUGCUAUGGAAGUUAAAGAACGCAACACUAAACUGUGGGAUAUGUGUUUGUGGCCUCUUGUAUUGAAUGUGGAUGUAAUUUCUGCCAGAGCCUUACGUCAGUCAAAUGUGGGAGGUGAUAUUUUCUGUUAAGUAUUCCUGGUACACACUAUCAAUCAGGGCUUGUCGAUCAUGAACUUCAGUAGUUCACCACGGCCUUGCUAUGAGCACGUUGACCAGUGUUCAGCCUCUUUCACAAGAUAACAUCUCAACAUCUCAACAACUUACAACUUCCCAAGCCUUUCACAAAGUAUCACUUAAUGAACAAUUUGCAUACUACUAUCCCAUGACUUCUGGCAUGUCAGUGUAAAUAUGAAGAUUGAACAUAGACGCAUCUUUCCGUUUGUCUCCUGUUUUGUUUACGAGGGUAACGUGACCAUGUGACCACCUGAUAUGAAAGGUGGGCAGUGUUAGAUAAUGAUGGUUCAGAAUGGCUCAGCAAACAAAGAGACUACUUCUGUGGAUCUUGUGAGGCUCACGAGUUCAGAUUAUCAUCAUGGGUCGUGCUGUUUCGGCAUCAGCAGCCAGAGUCAGAGAGAGAGAGAGCACGAUUGGCCUUCCUCUCUCUUCUCAUCACUCCCAGUGUGAUGCUGGCUGAUGUAUCAGUGCUGGAGGUCCAGCGUUUUUCCUCCAGUGAUGAUGAUGCAUUUCUGACAGUUUUAAAAGAAGCGCAGUUUGACUUCACAUGUAUUGCAGGAGCCAUGUGUCAGGAGCAUUGCACAUGUUAAGGAGAGGGAGGAGACUUAGUGAGGAGAAAAAUGGGUCGUCCCUCAUUUUUUAAGUUCAGGAUAAGCAACAUGCUUUUUUUUUUUUGGUUGGUUUUCAAGCUAAAAGGUCCUGCCACCAAAAGCAGUGUUUUGUCUGUUGUCUCUAAACUAAGGCAGAAAAACAUGAUCUUUUUUUAAAUCAUGUUUAAUCUUAUUAACUGAACGACAAAUACGAUGUCUAUAUUUUUAUUAAGGACCAGUUGUUUUUAGAAAUAAAGGGUUGCACUGCACUUGUAGACUUGAGUACAAGACUUUAGAGAAGCACUGUACCUUGGGAAAACUCAAUGAUACUUUUAUAAAAGUUUUAUUGAACUCCCGGGAUGAUCUUGGCUCGAUCCACUGGUUCUGCACUUCUCAGUGUUUGUACAAAUUCUUAACGACCCAUGCUAAAAAAAAAAAAACAUUUUUUUAAACGUCAGGCAUAGGAUGUAAUUAAGCCAAGUGACUUUUUAACAAAGUUCGGGCAUGUUCUAUAUAUAUAUAUAUCGAACGUAUUAAUGAAUUGAAAUCACCAGUUUGUGGGUUUUUAGCUGUGGAUUUAUAACGGGAGCUGUGUGUGUGUAUGUGUGUGUGUGGCCGUUGUUUAUGUUGUAAUAGUGGACCAUAUUAUGCACAUGGUUAUUCCGAUCUACUCUCUGUAAACCACUUUGUCUGCAUAAGUACCCGUUCACUACUUUUUUAAAUGUGGUACAGCUGUUAAUAUAUAUAUAUGUAUAUUUUUCUUCCAUUUGUUCUUAUAUUGAUGUAUCUUGUUCAGAGAUUUGAUAUAAUAACCUUUUCUGGGUGCAACCAUUGUAAUUUCCAGUGUCACUUUUAAAGAAGUUUUUAGUAUUCUGAAUAAAAUUCUAAUAUAAAUCAA